GCCAACAACUCAACUGAGAGACUGACGGUUUUUUACCUCACAACUGCUCGUUGUGUCCUCAGAGUACCUUUAGCUGCUUUCACUCGCCAUGAAAGAGCAAAAAAUGCAUUUUCAAAGCGUCUUCGUUUUUUUGGUUUUGUCUGUUGUUGGUGCACAGUUAUGCGAUGAGACAUUAGAGUAUGAGAAGGAUAAUGAGUGCUGCAAAAAGUGUGAUCCAGGUACAAGAAUGAACCAAGGCUCGAGCUGUAAGGAUCCAGUGUGUGAACCCUGUAAAGAAGGGGAAUAUCAGGAUGCUUACACUAAGGACUCUCAAUGCAAACGCCAACCAAUCUGCGAUUCCAACCUAAAUUUACAACAACCAACACAAAGCAAAAAAGAAUUAUCUGAAUGUGAGUGUGUUCCUGACCAUCACUGUGCUGACACAGAAUGUGUUUCUUGUGUAAAAAACACAGUAUGCAAACCAGGCGAAAAAAUUAGUAAAUCUGCCACCAGAAAUACAGACACAGUGUGUGAACCCUGCGCUAAUGGGACAUUUUCUAACCAUGAGUCAGCGUUAACCUGUACACCUUUGACAAUAUGUAAUUCAGAAUUCAAAGAAGUUGCUUCAGGCUCUUUAAUAUCUGACAGAACCUGUGAGAAGGUGAAGGGUAAUGGCACGGCCAUAGCUUUAGGUGUUAUUGUGCCGUUGGUCUUGCUGCUGGUUUUGGCAGUUGUUGGCUAUUUUUUCUAUAGAAAAGGCAAAAUAGAAACGCUAUCCUUUGUGGAAGAGUUACAGGGUUGUCCAACUUGGUGCAUAAAAAAUACCCAUCAAGCUGUUCAAAUUGACACAGAGGUUGAACAACCUGUGCAGCAUAUAAAUCAACCACAGGAGGACACUGAGGAUCUUUUAAAACUCGAUAUUCCCUUAACCCCAGGCGUCUCUGAAAAUGGAAUGCCUGUCAUCCAAGACCACAGUAAAUCUUCACUCCUUUCUCAGACUGAAACAGGACCAGAAGAAUUUUCAGACGAUUUGUAAUGAACUCAUGCUGUCAUACAAAAAACUAAAAUUUGUCAUCAAACCUCAUGUGCAUUAACACUGUUAGCAAGUGCUAAAUAGAAAUGAAAUAGUUGUCAUGCUGCUCUUGAUAUGUGAAGUAAAUCAUGUGUAAUGUGGUGUAACAUGCAACACCGUUCAAAUCAAACAUCUUCUAAUUGCUGAUUUUGUAUUUACUAUACACGUAAUAUAAGAAUUUUCAGUUAGCACAACUUUAAUGAUUGUUAGCAUGACAUCAUGACUGGAAGUUAGAAAGAUUAAAUCAGUUUGUAUGAGAACUACAGAUCAGGAUUUGGAUUGCACUACUUUUUUGUUCGUUUGUUUGUUUCUUUGUUUAGUUAUCUUAACCAGGUAAUGUCCUAAUUCUCUUUGUAAUUGAAUGUUGAUAUUGUAAAUUUGUGCACAUAUUUGAUCAUGUAAUGUAAAAUGGGAAAAAAAAACUUUGGUUUAUGUCUGCCAUUCUAAUUUCUGUAUAAAUUCCUUUUUUAGUGUA